AGUUAAUUUAAAACAUCACUACAACAACAACAGACAGUUUAUUUUCUGUUUGUGGUUUAAUUUGGUCAUUAAUAACAGGAGAAAGCUGAAAUAAUCUCAGAACUGUGGGACUUGUUUUACUCUGGAGGAAGUAAAUUCUUUAAGAGUGUUUCUCUGAAGGAAGUACAUCUUAAAGGAAUCUGGAAGAUUCACAACAUCUUGCUUUUGUCCGGGAGCACAAGCGAGAUAUAAUGAAUAUAUAUGUGAUGUAAUGCUGCCUUUGUAGGGGACCUGUAAACAAACAGAAAGUUUUGUUUUGUUUUUUCAGCCCACGCGGGCACGCGCGCACAGAGAGCGCGCUCCCGCUGAUUGAGUGAAUGUCGCGCGACUCGUUCAUGUCAUCCUCUAUAACGCGCUUUUCACCGUAGCUCAUUUCUUUCAAACACGCACACUUUUACUUUCGUAACGGUGGAAAACUACCGAAAACAGCUGCUCUGCGGUGUUCAUUUGGAUUCAUUGACCGAUCGCGACACUCUGGAACUAUGAGCUUCAGCGGCCCGCGGGACAGAGAGCGGCAGCAGCGCGGCUCAAGUGAGCCUUCCCGGGUGUGAGACUGAACUCCAGGCCGCUGCUCUGCGGCCUACAGCGGACGAUUUCAUGUUCAAGAAAACACAGCACAGCUCUCUGUCUCCAUUUGGACAAGCGAUGAGUGACGACAGGCUGACAGUGAUUGACAGAUGAUGCUGGAGUUACCUGCGCAGGUGAGCGAGGCUCUCAGCAUCACGGCAGGAGAAUGAAGCUCCAUUCGGACCCCAGCGACAGCGGACACGCAUGUCAAUCCAGGCCGCAUGCUGUUCAGGACAUGAACCUGAACCACCGCUUGACCUUGACCUCCUGCACACUGAAUUCUGGGUGUCUGGAGGCCACAGAGCCACUGUGUAAUGGUUUAUCCGACCAAUCAGAGCGCGAGAACUCGGAAUCACACUGUGAUGAAAGCGAAGCAGAGGAGGAUCUGAAACCUGAGGUCCAGCAGGCACACAGAAUAUUCCAGAGCUUUCUUUCUGAGAAGCAUAAGUCCACCACGGCCCCGUUCUGGCGCCCCAUCGGCCCCGGCGCACACAUGAGCUUCAGAACGAUGGAUGAUAAAUUCGUGAAGCGCGAGUAUGAGUCCAUCACCGCGUUCGUGGCUGAUUUCAGACUGAUGCUGGAGAACUGCUACCGCUUUCACGGGGUCAACCACUGGAUCUCCAAACAGGCUCAGAAGCUGGAGACUAUUCUGGAGCAAAAGCUGACGCUGCUGCCCAGGCCGCUGCGGGAGAGAACCGCUCUGUGGGUGACCUCCAGGGGCCGCUUCGGCUCCGAGCAGCAGAAAACGGCAGUGUGUUCGAGCUCCAGACGGCGGCGCUGCAGAGUCAGUGUGUGCAGCAGCGAGUCCAUCAUGGUGCAGGCGCUCAGAAUGGAGGAGCUGCAGAAAGCACGAGAACACAGGAGGCAGCGUGAUCAGGAGCGCAAGGAGGCAGAGGAGGCAUCGCUGAAGGAUCUUGAAGACUGGGAGACGUCUUUACUUUCUCUUGCAGAACCGCAUCCCGUCUCCAGCAUGUGGGAACUUCCUGCCAUCGGCCACUUCCUGUGCCUGGCCCAGAGAGCGCUGAACCUGCCGGAGAUUGUGUUUUACGAGCUGGAGCGCUGUCUGCUGAUGCCGCGCUGCAGUGUGUUCCUGGCCAGACUGAUGACGUCUCUGCUGUGCCCGCCGCAGAGGAGGUCCAGUGUCCACCGCCGCCCGCCAAUGCCUUAUCGCCGCUGGGAGAGCGAGCUGCGCCGCCGUGUACAGGCCUGGUACUCCUCUGUGGGCCGAGAUGAUGAGCGUGCCGCUGAACAACUGGGGCUCUGCCGCACGUUCUUCUGGACCCUGGGGUAUGUGAAUCCGCUUGAGGAGACGCCGUUCCACCUGUUAUCCUUCAAGAAGCGCGUCUGGCUCCUCAAGGGUUUGUGUGAUCACGUUUAUGAGACGCAGAAGGAUGUUCAGGACGCCGUACUCGGCCAGCCCAUACACGAGUGCAGAGAGUCCAUCCUGGGCUAUGACGAGCAGGAGAACGCUUACAUCCACUUCCCACACUUCUGCGGAGCCGACCUAAGGAUCUACCGCCAGAGUCCCUGCGGAGCUGUGGAGCUGCCACUACCGGAUAUCAGCGUCAGGAGGACAGCGCAGGAACCCAGCGAUGGAUUAAAGGUGGAGAAUGAAAGCUCAUGGGACAUUAAAGAAGAUUCUCUCAGCGAUGGAGAAGAUCCAAAUCAGAGAAGCUCCUCCAUCUUGGUCUCGUGGUGCCCAGAAGAUUCCCAGCGAUCCAGAGAGAGAUUUAAGGAGGAAAAAGAGGAGGAUGAAGACGAGUGCGAGCCGUGUUUCAGAGUGGGGGAAAACUGCUAUAAAGGCGUCUCUCCGGCUCUGAACUGCCACAGGACUCCUAAUAAGGAUUGGGGUUGUUCUGGAGCAUUACAGGAGUUUCCGCAUCCCUUUCAGCCUGAAAACACGUGUGUGCAAGAGCACGAGUCCACAGAAAGCACACUGAAGAAGAAGAAGAGGAGGAGGAAGAGGACGGAGGGCAGGAUGAAGAAAAGCAGGACGAGUAAACUGAGUUUAAAGAGGCGGACGGCCAGAAUGAGUGUCCAGAGAGCAGCAUAUUCACUCAGGAGGAGACGCAGACACGCUCCACCAGCAGCAGUAAAACAGACUGAAAUAAAGGCGACGGCGGAGACAGAAGCAGGACCUGCUCUUCUGCCCACAGAACCAACAUUUCAGGUCAGAUCAACACUUAAAUAAACACUAAACAGUGAACAGAACAAAUGAUGCAGCUAUUAUUAUCAAAUGACUUUUGUUACAAACUGUCCAGCACUAGAAAGUCUGCAACAUAAUCAAGAGUCAGUAUUUUAAAUAUAGAAAUAUAAUAAAAAAGGGAUAUAUUUAUUAAUUUAAACAAGCAUCAAAUGCAAAAUAAAGUGUAAACAAACAAAGAAAUCUGGUGCUGGAGGAGACCGAUCUGCCAGCCCGAGUCAAGCUAACAACUCAAGCUUCUCCCGAUGGAGCAAAUGAGGAAUCCUUUUAUCAUGCGCUCAUCACCGGCAACGCAGCACACCUGUAAUGCCCUACCACCUGCGCACAUAAGGGAACAAGUGACCUCAAAACAAUAGUGCCAUCCCAGCACCAGUUAAAGAAAAGAAACAAACAAACCUGC